GUAAGCUACUUCCAAAAGACCCACAAGCCUGUGAAGUUCUCUACCCUAGAAGAUCCCUAGAAUUACCUUAGAAUCCAGUCUACAUUCUUGUGAAUCAUGAAGUCCUUGGCUCUAGCUUUAAUCCUGUGUGUGCUGCUUCCACUGUUCCAUGCUUAUUGCUACAUAAAGCCUAUGACCUUGAAGCCAGGCAUGAUUACCCAUUGUCGUGAUGACAAGGAUGAGACAUGGCAUCCUAUUGGUUCCCGCUGGAGGAACAGUGAUUGCAUGGACUGCACUUGUAAUUCAUGCUGCUCMGGGUAUGCAACUCCCGUAGAUUUUCCUGGUGAUUGCAUGAAGGAGUGGGACCAAAAGGCAUGUGAAUUCAAGGUGGUUAAGAAGAGUGAUCCCUCKAUUUCAUGCCCUAUCUUCAGCUCUGUGGGGAAGUGAAUUGUUUUCUUCACUGUGUUCUCAAUAUACAGUGAAUUACAUCUAUUGUGUCAGCUUACUUUGUGUCAAAUGUGAAUGUUCUGGUGUCUGAUUAAUUGGAUUGGUUGAAUAUAAAUGGUAAAAACAUCAUGAUACAAAUGAAAAAGAAAGAUACGUGUUAGUGUGCAACUUUCUGUUUCAUUUGUAUAGAUCAUCCUCUGUUACUCAGCACUUCACCUUAGGGUGUCCGUGCUUUUUUUACUUCAAGAACAUCAUGAUAGAUGUUAACUGUCAUUUACUGCCGGAAAAAUAUCAAUACACAAA